AUGGCGCUGGAAGCGCUCGAAUCGCCGGAUUAUCAGUUUUCCUAUGACGUCAAAGAUUAUUUGCAUUUGAAAAGAGUGCAUACAGAGUUAUCAGUGAUUUCUUGGAGGAACAUGGACACUUUAAAAAAGAAUAUCUUAUCAGCGAGACCUGAAAAACACUUCCGACUGAACUACAACCAUUUCCACGAUCGUGACCAAUUCCCACGUCAUUUUGGAGCUCAUCUGAAGGACGACGAUGAAAAUGCAUUCUUCUUUUUCCGGACAAAUAAGGAUGAGCAAUUGCUGAAAAUGUCGAUUUUCGGGAAUUUCAUCGAAUUUAAAUGGAUUUCACCCCAUGAAAUGCCCCUUGAAGGAUUGCCAUUUAUUCAGGAAUAUCAGAUUCCUGAGAAAAAGGAUUAUUGGAAAUUUUUGAGAGAUUUGAGAUAUAUUUUUUGA